AUGUCAAGACAAACAAUGCGGAUAAACGAAGGAAGAGCUUUGCAGAAACUGCAGCAGAAUCCCAAAAAGGUUUUGGAAAAUGCAAGACGUGGAAUAACCCAAGAUCUCGUCGAGCUUGCAAAUUUCUGGCCAUAUAUGGGACCAGAGCUUUUAGAGCUCGACGUUCUCGGUGUGUUUUUCUCGCACUUGGAUGGGACAGUUGUUCCUGCCUCGAAGCGCACCGCUGCGUCAGCCCCGGCGAGGGGAAGCCCUGCCAUAGACCGCGCUUGGGUUUCCCUCGUCGCUCUGACCAAAGUUGGCAGCUUCAUUAUCCCUCCCGACCCCCGCAUUGAAAUGGACAAAGUGGAGAAAAAGUUGAUUGCUGGGUGGGACGGCGCCUUCAAGUGGUGCGCAUUCUUCUACGGCGAGCGCAUCGCGCCCGUCGCAGUCUCAGCGCGCUCCACCGCCCCACCAAUCGUGCCCCCAGAGCUCCGAAGAGCUGCCAUGGAUCUCAUCGCCGCCGUGUUCUACUCGCUCAGCCGCUCCGAGGCUGCCCGCGCUGCGAUGGUCAAGACAGCAGGGAGCGUGGAGAUGGCGACGCGCCUUUGGGUCUUGGAGGACGAGUGCCCUGUUCCGUCUUCGCAGGAUAUUCCUGUCUGCAGCGCAGCGCUCGACGGUUUCCUCACCGUCCCUGAUUCCAAGGAGAUGCCUCCAGACGACCUUGGCCCGACUGAAGAAAAGGACCCUGAAGAGGAAGAUCGUCUGGAGACGAAAGCUAUAUCUCGUGCAGAGGAAAUCCGGAGCUUGCUUGACCGUGUUGUGGCCACCGCAGGAGGCUCGCCGGCCAGCGUCGUCCACCUCGUCCUCACGCGCUUGAAAGAGACGAUAAAUGGCCCCGGGAUUCAAGAGGCGCGGUGUCCCAUCUACCUCGACCUGAUGGGGCACCUGUCGAGGGCGGCAGACCAUCAGCUGCGCUUGGGGCUCCUGAGCGAAGGCGUGACGACUAUGGUCACUAAACUCGCCGUGCGCAUUGCGGGCAUGCUCGAGCGCAGUGUCGGUGCCGAUGCGAUGGGUCCACGCGCCCGCGCCCGCAUCGGGUUUCCAGGCGCCCCCGCCAACAUCCAUGGGGCGCACUCCGGGCUGCCGCCCAAGGAUGAGCAUCUCCUCGGCGGACUCGUUGCUUCGCUUGGGUAUCUCUGCAAUACCCUCGAGUCGACGGACGGAUUCUCUUGGGUCAACCAGUCGCUCUCAGCGGGCCUCCUCAAAGCAUGGGUUGGGGCGGCGCAUCUCAUGAAGUACAUGGACCCGGAAGACGCAGAUAUGAUUGUCAGCAUCGUCGGGAAAAUUCUUGUGCGCUAUCUCGUCUAUCGGAGCGUCGUACUCUCUGUGAAAACCGCCGUCGCUCGUGUACGAGAGACACGGGCUGCGGAAUUCAAAGGGUCUUCAGCGAAGCAAGACAGUGGCAAGGCCGAUUGGGGCUCGAAGACUUUGGAAGAACGUCACGAUGCAGAGGAUGAGCUCCAGAUGAAGAAGUGGACUCCGGAAGCUCGUCGUGCUUGGAGGAGGUUCGAACACCUGGCCAUUGAAAGGUAUUUGGUGACCAUUCAUAUGAAGAUCGUCAAAAAGAAGGCUGUUACCUGCGAUAACGUCAAGUGUCAGAAAGUCGAUGAAAAGAACAAUUUCAUGCGCUGCAGCUCGUGCUCAAACACCAUGUAUUGCUCGCGCGAAUGUCAAAUCACGGCGUGGAAAGAGGGCGGACACAAGCUCGUCUGCAAGCUCAAGCAGAAGGAAAUGCAAGAGGGCCGCUUUCAAUCCAUCUCCGAAGGCGACGCCGCGUACUUCCACCACCUCGCAACGCGGGACGCCCGACACCACCUCCCGCUCCUCCUGCGUCUUGCUUCAACCUCCUAUCCCACGCUCUCUCUGACAGACCUUAUCAUCUCGAUCGACUACAUGAAGCAUCCGCCAAAGUUCACCGUGUAUCCGCUCUCCGAGCAUGAGAAGCAUUGCCCACGUAUCGCGUCCGACGCGAGCGCCAACGCCGAGGCGCGUAACGAGGAGCUGAUCAACCGCGCCCGACAGAACCCCGGAAAGUACGGCAUCAUACAGAGCAGGAUCGCGAACGGGCAAGGAAUGCAGAUGGUUUUGAGCGUUGUCACGGGCACGUUUUGGAACGAGAGGGAGCCGGGGGAAGAUGAGGCGCUGGCAGGCGAGUGGAACUCGGAAGAUGAAGACAAAGGAGGUAACUUGAAAGGAGCUGGGAAGCGUAGGAAGGGUCGUCGUGCGGAAUCGGACGACUCGCAUGACGAAGAUGACAUCAGGGGUACAAAUGUGGAUGGGGUGGACAUGAUGAUGGCGAGGAUGACUUUGAACGGACUUCUCAAAGCGAUGGGAGAACCCGAACGCUUUUGA